CACAAUCAAUAUAAAUAAAUGAAAGUAUCUUGUUCAUUGCAUGAGAACACCGACAUACCUAGUUCCUUUCAUGAUGAGUUAUCGGAAGUCAACACUUGGGAUUUUCCUAGCGUGCAUUGGACUCUUUUCCGGAUAUGUCAUUAGGCGCGAUUCCUUGAAAUCGUUCCGGAACGGAAGGUCACAUGACCUUGACACGUUCAACCCUUCACAUGACCUCACCCGGAAAAGCGUGCUAGUAGAUACCACACCUGAUGAAUACAUAGAACUUGUUUUAUUGAUGCAAGUGGAUUUUAACGAUACCUUCGUUCCAUGUCAAAUAAUAACGUUUUACCGCUUUAUUUCAGUAUUAAUUAAUCAGUUUAGUAGCUUCGGUUUUAGUUCAAGAAAUGAACAUCAGAAAACGAAACAAAAUCCAGAUUCAUGUACUAGUCAUAUAACCGAAAUAGAAACUACUUCAGAAUGGAUUCACGGAAGGAAAAGGGCAAUUCAUGUUUCUCGCCAACGUGCUAAUGAAAACGCAAAUCACUCGGACGAUUUUUCCACUGAUAAUGGAACGCGCCAGACUUUACAGAUACCAUACUUCAAGCUUGACCAUGUAGCCUUGGAGCUGAAAACAGGAAUUAAGUUAUCAGUGACAUUGUUUUUUAUUUUAACUAGAAUAUUUUGGAUGAUUUUGCGAAAUGUUCCACGACAUUUUGACAAGACAGGAGCAAGGGCUGUAAAGGGGGAUACACCAAACAGCACUUAUCACUGGGGAUUGCUUAAGUAUUUUCUAGAAUCGUCUAAUUCGUUUAUCGACUCAGUAACCACAAAAAGCUGUAGUAGCAUGAAAAAAGUGUUGGAAGAUACCAUGUCGACCUUAUCACCGCCCCCACAAGACAUCGUAGUGGCACCAGUCACAGAGUUAAACGAUUAUUUUGAAACGACGAGUCACAUGGACACAUCCAAUAUUGACAUUUCUUUGAAUAUUGAGAUUUUACGGAUAGAAAGUUUUCGUAACUUUUCCCGCUCGGCUCCAGUUAGUACAAUACGUCUUGCAGAGAAUGGAUUCUUUUAUACAGGGAAAUCAGACGAAGUUGAGUGUUUUCAUUGUCAUGUUAGGUAUAGCGGAUGGAGUAGGGGCGACACACCAUUUGAUAUUCACAAGAAAACAUCACCUGAUUGUGAUUUUGUUCGUGGGAUGGAAACAGUAAACGUCCCAUUGUUGCAGCCAUCUCGCAAAAAUUCAAAUAAAGAAGACGGCACGACAUGCGAACGUGCGUGUACCCGAGACGUUUGUGGACCACCGGAAAUGGGGAAUGAUGCAAAAGUGAGCGAUUAUCAGUUUAGGAGCAAACCAAGCUCAGAUAAGCUGCAUAGCAACGCAGUGUCAAUCGAGUCACAAAUCAUUUCUUACCGCAACACUAUCGAAAAUGAGCGUCAUAGCAACGCAAGCGUUCCUGCAUCGCAUAGCAACACAGAUGACAUUGCAUUGCACAUUAUCAACGGAGGGAAAAGAAACCAAGCGUCCGAGGAAGGCAGGGUUUUUGAAAACGAGGCAGGUGGAAAAGAGGGGGGCAACCUAAAAAAUCUCCAACAUUCGGAAUGCAUUGGUAGAAGACAGGAGAAAAAUGCUUUAACAGGCAAAGAAGAUGUCAAAAUAACAUAUUUGGAUGAAAACAAUACAAAUCAGACUGACUGGCGGACAAAAUAUUCCGGAAAGCUCCGACUUGCACCACUAGCGUAUGUGAGAAAAUCUUUAAUGUAUCCUGCUUAUGCAAUCCCUACCAUUCGUCUCAGUUCAUAUAAAGGCUGGUCGACGACUUCUGGACAUAACCCAAGGUCUCUGUCAGACGCCGGGUUUAUAUACGCAGGUUAUGGGGAUCUAGUCCGGUGUUUCUGUUGCGGAGGAGCUCUCCGGAACUGGUUGCCAGGAGACGACCCUUGGAUUGAACAUGCUAGAUGGUUUCCGGAAUGUGUGUACCUUCGGCAGAGCAAGGGAGAUAAUUUUAUACUCCUGGUCCACGAUGACGUCACGUUGCCACAGAUGAGCAGUCACAACAAAAGUAUAACCCCCCAGUCAGCCACAGGAGAGGCAGAUUCGUCCCCGGUACCAGAAAACGCAAGACACUUUAGUCCGGAUCCAGUCGAUCAGAGCGUGGAGGAUCCGUUCACUCAGAGGGUGAAGGCAAUGGGAUUCUCGAUGGACACUAUUUUGUCCGGUGUGACGUCACUACAAAGACAAGGAAAGCCGAUAGACGCAUUCAACAUUAUAAAUGAAAUUUUAUGUUCGGAAAUUAUCCCCGAACGGGUCGGACUGGACGACAUCGAUAGUUUUCAAAAGAAACAACAAACCGUGCGGAGAAACAACAGACAAGUUCAAGGUGCAGAAAAGCCAAUUCUGCGGACCAAGAAUAAAUGUAAAAUUUGUCUUGGGGAGGACGCAUGCGUGAUGUUCUUGCCAUGUCAACACGUGAUAUGCUGCAAUGAGUGUGGUCCAGUACUUUACAAGUGUCCAGUUUGUCGCCAGGUCAUCAAAGAUCGUCUGGAGACCCAAUAAAAUGCAUUGAUCGUUACUAUUAGGACAGAAAGUUAAUUUCCAAUUGCUGUCGUUGAAUAAUUGAUACUUACAAGUUAUGAGAUCAACCUUAAAAGUGUUAUUAUGUUGUUUGAUUUAAAUAAUUGUGCAUCAAAACCAGUAUUGAUAUUCCUAGAAAAUAGAUAGAACGCAGCUGCCACAUACCUUGAUCUCCGAGGAAAACAGCGAGCACUGGAGUUAGCUUUAUACCCAGACACUUUCGUUUUUGAACGGUCAUAAAUGGACAUAAGUUGUUGUAUGUAUUUUAUAAGCAUAAUCUACCUCAUUUGAAACAAUAAUGAUGUUUAAACUGUAUAGGUGCUUGAAUUCGAUAUGAAUUUCUGAAUUAUUAUUAUGAUCACAUUAAGUUUAUUAAUAAUACACAUUAUCUGCAUUUUAAGUGUGUUUACUAGACCCUCUCGUUUUAACAUUGAAUAUGUCUCCUGGUCAGUAGGUAUACUGACAAUAUUAUUUGUUGUAACUAACACUAUAUCUCCUCGCCACUAAGUGUGUUUACAAGGCUCUUAAGAUGUUACAUUUCAUAUGAUGUUUGGUCAGAAGGUAUACUGACAAUAUGCUUUGUUGUAAAAUAUACUCUAUAACCUCGCCAGUUAGUGUGUUCACUAGACUCUUUAGAUGUAACACUAAAUAUUCCUAGAUUGUUAUACCUUAUCAUGCUAUUUAGUGGAAAUGGUCAUGUUGCCUGGAUUUAUUUUUUGUUACCGACAUAUCGGUAUUACUUUGAUAUUAGUUUGAUACAUAUCAUAAAUAAAUUGGUUGUUAUUUUAUAUUUUUAGUAUCUUUGAAAAACAUUCUCUGAUAUUUAUUUUGUUAUUGCGAUGAGAUGUGUGCCGACACGCGGAAAGAUAUACAGUAUAUUAUUAUUAGUUUAAUUGUAUGACAUUGAGUAAACACAUAACAUAAGCAUACAAUUGUAUUUUGCGUAACAGCUUCCAAAAUUUAUUGUAGUACUUUAGUGUUUUUAAUUCAUAUUGAAUAAAGUGUUUGU